AUGGCUACGACAUCCGACCCACCAGCCGUCACCACCUCCGCCGAUCAGUCCACACCCCAGGACAUACCGCAUCCAGAGCGAACACAAGAUAGUAUGCCUGCAUCAACGCCGGUCGAGUUGACCCAACUUGAGUCGAAACAGACUACCAGCGAUACCUCUGCAGAACGGCAAACUUCCACCACCUCAUCACACCCACCCGGUCCUCAACGGACCGACACCUACACUGCGCUCGAGCAAGCUGCACAUCCUCCUCCAAUUCCCCCAGCAGACACUAUGCCCACCACUGCUCCUGUUUCCCGGACGUUCUCUACCGCUAUCGGUCCGUCCUCAGACUCGCCGUCCGUGCCUGCGAAAGAUGCCGAGGAAGGUGGUCCGACAUUACUGAUAACACUUCUGCUUACUUCUGGAGCGAGGCAUCCGUUCAAGCUUGAUGCGAAAUAUCUACAAAAGCGAAAUGUCGAGGUUCCGGGUAACGAUCCGUAUGAGCUCAGCGUUUACAAGCUGAAAGAGCUCAUUCUGCGGGAAUGGCGAGAUGAAUGGGAACAACAGCCUGCCAGUCCAAGCAGUAUUCGGCUCAUUAGCUUUGGCAAGUUGCUGGACGACAAGGCGCCCCUGAAAGACUCUAAACUGAGCGCAGACGCUCCCAAUGUCAUACAUAUGACCAUUAAGCCUCAAGACUUCGUUGAGGAGGAAGACGCCAAGGGAGGUAAAACCUCGAUGUCGGCGCAGAGAGACCAGCAGGAGCGGAGUGCUGGCUGUAGGUGUCUCGUGAUGUGA